GACCUUUGAGCCGGCUCGGGUUCCGGCUCUGGCGCGUGCACACUCGCCUCGCCGUUCGGGACCAGCCAGAUCGCGGCGGCCUCGCGGGCGGUCUGGUCGGUGAGGUCUUGGCCGCGCGCGGCAAUGCUGAGGCUGCUGGCGUCCGGGUGCGCCCGGGGCCCGGGGCCCGGCGUGGGCGCGCGUCCUGCCGCAGGGCUCUUUCACCCGGGGCGCCGCCAGAGCCGCCAGGCUUCCGACGCGCCCCGGAACCAGCCCCCCAGCCCCGAGUUCGUGGCCCGGCCGGUGGGCGUCUGCUCCAUGAUGCGCCUGCCGGUGCAGACCUCCCCCGAGGGGCUGGACGCUGCCUUCAUCGGGGUGCCCCUGGAUACUGGGACCUCCAACCGGCCUGGGGCGAGAUUCGGACCUCGCCGCAUCCGGGAAGAAUCAGUGAUGCUUCGGACAGUCAAUCCUAGCACGGGGGCCCUCCCCUUCCAGUCCCUCAUGGUUGCAGACCUAGGCGAUGUGAAUGUCAAUCUUUACAACCUUCAGGACAGCUGCCGGCGAAUUCAAGAGGCCUAUGAGAAAAUUGUAGCAGCUGGCUGUAUUCCUCUGACCUUGGGUGGAGAUCACACAAUCACAUAUCCCAUAUUGCAAGCGAUGGCAAAAAAGCAUGGCCCAGUGGGGCUGCUGCAUGUGGACGCACACACGGACACGACCGACAAGGCCCUAGGAGAGAAGCUCUACCACGGGGCGCCCUUCCGCCGGUGUGUGGAUGAGGGUCUCCUGGACUGUAAGCGUGUGGUGCAGAUUGGCAUCCGGGGCUCUUCCACGACCUUGGAUCCCUACAGAUACAACUGGAGCCAGGGCUUCCGGGUAGUCCUGGCUGAAGACUGCUGGAUGAAGUCGUUGGUUCCUCUGAUGGGGGAAGUCAGGCAGCAGAUGGGAGGCAAACCCAUUUAUAUCAGCUUUGAUAUUGACGCUCUGGAUCCUGCCUAUGCGCCAGGGACAGGGACACCUGAAAUUGCUGGUCUUACUCCUAGUCAGGCUCUGGAGAUCAUCAGGGGUUGUCAAGGCCUGAACGUGGUGGGCUGUGAUCUUGUCGAAGUUUCACCACCGUAUGAUCUUUCUGGGAACACAGCCCUGCUGGCGGCUAACCUGCUGUUUGAGAUGCUGUGUGCUCUCCCCAAAGUGACAACCGUCUGAGUCUUGUGCUCUUCAAGACAAAACAGAUUGCGUCGCUCACAAGUUCUCAAGAAGAACUUAUGAGUAAGCAGUCUGAGAACUAAAGAGUUUAUGCCAAGAAAACUUUCUGCUGAAAGUGUCAUUGCUGGCUGUGAAGUCGGGAUAGUCAGUAGAAUUCUCACCCAAA